AUGUCCCUCCGCGAGGUCGAGUCCAACCCCGCAGAUGUGCCAGGUACUUUCUUCGAUUCCCUUGACAGUAACGGUGAUGAUAGCCCGCAAUCCUCUGAUUUUCAAUCUCUUUCGCGGGCCGUCAAAGCCAGGAAGGCCGAGUUUACCCGUCAGCGUCAAAUUCGCGUGAAGAUCGGCACAUGGAAUGUUGCCGCUCUGCCUGGAACUGAAGCCGAUAUCGGCUACUGGUUCGUUAAACCUUCUGGGCUGAACAGGGAAAACGAGCUAUAUGCGAGAUCAGGAAAUGCAAAGAAGGCUCAUAGGAGGAACGGCGAGGCGGGUUCCUGGGUCGAUCAGGAACUGGUUGGGCGGGGCUCUGCACAGUGGAAUACUGGCAGUCUAGAGCCACCAGCGCCCGGAGCUCCUGGUGAUGACGUCGACAUAUAUGUGCUGGGUUUACAAGAAAUUGUCGACGUUUCGUCUCCCUCGGAAUCCUUGAAACCAUAUGUUGACCCGGCCCCGUCCGAUCGGUGGAAAGAGGCCGUCCAGAAUGCGCUGCCUCUUGGGUAUAAGUUGAUUUCUUCCCAGCAACUUGUAGGCUUGCUUUUACUAGUAUACGCAUCUCCGUCAGUGGCCCCUACGAUAUCCUCCGUUAGCUCCGUGGGCGUGGGCACUGGAGUGAUGGGAUACAUGGGGAACAAGGGCGGGGUUGCGACGCGGAUAGUUGUUGGGGGAACGACUCGACUAGUCUUUGUCAACUGUCACCUUGCUGCCGGCGCCGAUAAAGGUAGUUUAGACAGGAGGAACUGGGAUGCUUCACAGAUCAUAAGCCGUGCUAAAUUCAACCCUCUCGAAGAGGGCGAUGAUAUCUUGGAAGACGACGGUAACAUGAUAGGAUAUGAGGAAUUUGGUUUUUGGUUUGGAGAUCUCAAUUAUCGUCUGGAAGAUAUACCCGGUGACGACGUGCGACGACUACUGCAUUUGCAUACUGAAAAUAAAUUCCAUGCUAUGAAGCCCCCCUCGAUUCAUGAUGAGAAAGCGAGCCUUUCGUCUCCGACACAGAAUAGCAAUGGUAAUAGUAUAGGCUCUGGCCGGUCUUCAAUAGGUACAAGGUCAAACAGUUUAUCUCCCGAGCCACAUAUAUCCUUGGAGGAUAAUUCUGCUUUUGACCCGCAUCUUGAUCCAGCAUCUCUAGUGACUACUCUUGCUUCAUUACUCCCUCAUGACCAGCUCCAUCGGCAGCAAAGGAAUGGGAAAGCACUUUACGAUGGCUGGAGGGAAGGACAUAUUUCGUUUUUGCCAACAUAUAAAUACGAUAUCGGGACCACUGGGACCUUCGACUCGAGUGAAAAACGACGCGGGCCGAGUUGGUGCGAUCGAAUACUUUUCCGCACUCGGCACGAUUAUUUAGAGUAUAAACGGAAGCUCAAGGAAGCCGAAGAAGCAAAGAAAAGGGACGAGGAAAUGAAAUCUCUUGGACUGGAGCAGGAUGCUGAAAACGAUAGUGUUCUUUUCGAUUACGAUCCGGAGGUAGAUGGCGCCAAUGACUAUGAUGAAAAUGUAGAUACAACCGGGGCUACAACUGCUUCUGAUAAUGAUCAAACGGAGUCCAAAGAUAUAAUCAGGUUAAAUUUUUAUACUUCACAUCAAGAUAUCGUGUCGUCAGAUCAUAAACCAUUGGCUGCGGAAUUUACCCUAACUUUUGAUGCCGUUGUCCCCGAAUUGAAAGCCAAAGUUCACCAGGAAGUUGUUCGAGAACUGGAUAAGGCUGAGAACGAGGCGAGACCUGGGGUAACGGUUGUAGUAGAGAAUCACCCGGACGACUCAGACGAUAACCAAACAUCACAUAUUGCGAAUGACCCCAAUGCGGUCAACUUUGGCCAAGUACGAUACGAUGUUCCAGUAUCACGGAGCUUGACUGUGGCCAAUACCAGCGGAGUCCCGGCGACAUUCAGCUUUCAUUAUCGACCUCCAGACAAAGACGAGGAAAAUGGUUUGACUUCACCUUCCUGGCUUCGUCUCCAAGUAGAUGGUUCGCCAGAUGGCGAUGCUCAAAACCCCAAAACUCGCCCGAAAUAUACACUUCAGCCUGGCGAAACAACAAAUGUACAACUCAUCCUUUGUAUAUACGACAUUGCUUUUGUUCGAGAAUUGAAUAACGGUGAGGCAAAAAUUGAGGAUAUAAUAGUUUUACGAGUCACCAAUGGGCGGGACUACUUCAUUCCGGUGCAUGGCUCGUGGCUUACGUCAUGUUUUGGAUUUUCGCUAGAAGAUCUUACGCGGAUGCCUGAGAAUGGGGCACGACACUUUGAUCCCGGCGCUCAACCGUUGCGCUUCACCGAAACUCAUACGAAGCAAGAUACCCGUCUGUCAGCUCCCCGUGAACUGUUCAGGUUGACGGAGACGAUAGCUGAACUUACGGAACGAGCUGUCGCCGAAUGGGACAUGGUCGAUGACAAUUCCCAAAGCAAUCUGCCACCGUGGAGUGCUGAGAAGUUAGGUUGGCCAUUCGAGGCGGAAACAUGGACUUUGGCAGAUAGCCGCGAGCGCUAUCACCUACUCUCCCGCGUCCGAGAUGCACUAGACACCAACACGCCCUUUUCAUCUGUAUUUCCGCCAGAGCUUCCGUCCCGUCAUAGAGUCGAACUUCUCUCUGAAACCCUCCUCUCCUUCCUCAAAUCUAUCCGUGGUGGCAUAAUAACCGCCCCGCUCUGGCACGAGCUAGAGCGCCAUGUCACGGACCUCGAAAAAUCCAAAUCUUCACCCUUAACCACGGAACAGUUACAAACCCAAAUCCUUGAAGCCAUCUCCUCCUCCCCCGUCCACAGUGUUUCCUUUACCUUCGUCAUAUUCAUGCUAAACCGCGUCGUGAACGAAAUCGCCCCCCUAUCACCUACAAACUCUCUAUCCUCCCCUCUCUCCCCAACGACAUCAAAACCAUUCGUUUCCCGGAGAACCCAUUCGAUAUCGGAAACCUCGCUUUCUGACCCCCUACAAUCAACCCCAGCCUCCCCUUCAACCAUCACAAAUUCUGCCCCCGCAUCCUCGACGGCCAACGCUAUGUCUAGAACAUUCAGCAUCCGCUUAGGAAAGCCCGGCAACCAAUCGACCAGUGGAUCAUAUCCAGAUGUUCCUACUACUAUCGCUGCAAAGGCAACCGCCGCCUCAGCAAGACGGCAGGCAGUUAGUAAGAUAUUUGCUAAGAUAUUUGCGCAAACGAUUUUCUCGAAUGAUAUUGGACGACCUGAGAAGGAGAGGGAGAGAAGGGUGUGGGAAGAUAGGCGGAAGGCCAUCUUAGAACCAUUCUUAGUGUGA